CAUUUCACACACCGACACACCACACGACGCUACACCACGCAACUCCUCUGACUCCUCACAUAUUACAUUACACACAUUUACUUACUCAUCAUCCCCCACACAAACAUACACACGUGUAUAGGCAUACAUACACAUAAACACAGCGUGGGACACAAGAUUGGAUUCAGUUCCCUUUGACUGCCUAGGGGAUUUUUUCUUUGGACCGAUUGAUCAGCAGUUUCCAAAGACCCGACACGGACCCGACUCAAGCUAAGCCGAUACCCAAUACAAACCAGGCUGACUGGACCGGAUCCAACCCAAGCAAAGUCAAGCCAAGCCAAGUUGACUCGACCCUUUCUGAUUCAAGACAAGCCAAGCCGACUUAACCGGACCCGACCGGACCGGACCCGACCCAGGUCAACCUAACUUAAGCCUGCCCGGCCCAGAGCCCCAGCUUAGUGAGUGAGUUGAGACAGAGAGAGAGAGAAAGAGAGAGAUGGCCAGCUCCAAGUCCUCCCAGACCACGCGCAACGUGGUGAUCGCCUGCCUGGCGGUGUGGUCCAUCAUCUCCCUCAUCAUCAUCGUGGUGUGGGCCACCUCCCCGCAGAUGAAGGGCAUCAGCCACUGCCGCCAGGAGCUGCAGGCCCUCAACGAGAAGCACGAGGGGGCAAAGGUCAUCUGGAACGAGGACCGGCAGGCCCUGGAGGCGCUGGUGCGCCAGGGCUGGGACAACCAGACCAGGCUGCAGGCCCAGGUGGACGCGCACAGGGAGAAGCUGGCGCAGCUCAACGUGACCCUGGACGAGUGCCACCAGGAGAAUGCCCUGUUGAGCGCAAACAUUACGACGCUGGAAAAUGAGAUUGAAGCGCAUAAGGCCACUGAGGCAAACCUCACUGCGCACAUCUCCCUGCAGAAAGAGGAGAUUGAGUGGCUGCACAGCAACUUGACCGGGAAGCUGCAUGAGCUGGAGUCCUGCGAGGCGUUGAGGAGCGCCGCCGUGAGCAUGCAGAAGGCGGCCGAGAAGACCACCGCCGCCUGCCAGACCAGCAAGCAGUACCUGCACACACAGCUUACAAGGUGUCAGAAUGAGGCCCUGAAGGAGGAUUCCAAUCAUCAGCAGCAGCAGUCUCCUGGCAACAGCGCUCCAAUGGCUGCCCACGGCACGCCCCUGAUCAUGGCCCUGUCUCUACUGCCCGCCCUCCUCCUCGCCCUGGCAUCAUGAGGGUGAUACAGAUGGAUGUUGCUGUGCUGUGGAGUUGCUGAUUGGAUAUAAUAACAAUGUAAAACACUGCAGCCAGUUACACGUAGAAAAACCAAGUUGCCCUGCUGCCUUAAGUUUGUAAGUUAAUUAAACUAGAGAAACCCUCAAGUUGAAUUAACUUACAAACUUAUAUUAGGCAGGGAAACUUAGUUUUUUUAUGUUUAACUGGCUGCAAUGUUUUACAGUGUAUAUUUGAGUACAACACUGUUGUCCGGGAGGACACGCUGAGAAAUGGAAAUACUACUCUGAACCUUAGUGUGAUGCAUCCGCACGUUUUUGCAGAACAGUUAUUGUAUGUACAGUGCACAGCAAUCAUGAGAGCACCCCUUUUGAAAAGUAACAUUUUGAACAAUAUUUCAAUAAUGCUAAUGAGAAUUAUCUGAAAAAGGAGUUGUGUAUCUGGAGGCAUAAUUUUGUACUCCCUAGCUCACCAAAUUUAACAUUUGAAGGUGCAUUACACUGAAAAUUAAGUGCAUAAUUGUUCUGCAAAAAGCUGCUGGUGUGACAAGCUUAGGUCCACACUAUAAAACUUUGCAGUCAGUUAAACAUAAGAAAGUAACUUGCCCUGCUGUUUGUAAGUUAACUCAAGUUGAAAAAGCCUUGAGUUGAGUUGCGUCUUGAGUUGAGUUAUCUUACAAACUUAAGUCAGCAUGGCAAUUUUUUUACGUUUUACUGGCUUGCAAUGGUUUACGGUGCAGAAUAGUUCCUCCAUUUCUCCGUGUGGAGGGAGGGAUGGAGAGGACCUGUGCCCCAGACGUGUACAGGCUGCCCAGAAAGUCUGCACCAGACGCACUGCUGUUACCAGAGAGAGUAGAGAAGUAAAGAAUCUCUGCUGUUACUGUACAUUACAACCAUGGGGGUGGGGAGCAAUGCCACAGGAUGGGGAGGGGAGGGGAUGGGAGGCUGCUGCCUCUAACGGCCUCCGCAUAUCGGUUCAGACAGCACUGCUGAGCACUUUCACUUCCGACAAUUUCGGUUACCCCCUGCACACAAUUUGACCACAGCAGAGCAAGGAUAAUCACAAUGGGUGGCUCUGACAAAAUAUUACUUGUCCCUAAUCGGCUGCCGACAUCUGCGGACAUUAGCGCGUGGGUAGUGUGUGGAGUUGUAUUGAAUGAAAACAAUGGAAUGGAGUGCUCUGCAUUUUGCUGGAGCAGAUGUGCAGAGGCUCUAACCUGACUCUUGGGAGCCGCUUUGCUGAGCGGAGAUGCAAGAGCCGGGUUAUGCUGCCUCUUCACAGAUAUAGAUUUACAGUGUCGCCUUUUU